AUGGCAGACAAAAUACCCAAGUUCUCCGACUUACCGUUGGACAAAAAUGGCCCUCAUCACAACGCUUGGGGCCUCUACGGCAAAGACGACGAACUAGGCACCCUCAACCGCCUCUCCGACCCCAUCGUCAAGUCCGCCGCCAGCGAAAUCCAAACGGGCACCCGCAUCAACAUCGACUGGCCCCUCGACGCCCAAGGCGACCUGCCCUUCUUCGGCCGCCAGCAGUUCCACAAGGAAGUCUACCAGAAACCACCGAGGAUCGUCAACGACGACGUCUGGACCUUCAACACCCAAUCCUCCUCCCAAUGGGACGGCCUGCGCCACUUCGCCUACCAGAAGGAACAGCGCUUCUACAACGGCGUCACCCUCGACCACAUCCACGGCACCAACGGCGUCGAGAAAUCCAACGUCAACGGCAUUGGCGCCUGGGCCCAACAAGGCAUCGUCGGCCGCGGCAUCCUGCUCGACUACCACGAAUGGCGCCAGAAGCAAGGACGUCCCCACCAAGCCUUCGAAACCGGCAACAUCACCGCCUCAGACCUGCGCGCCGUGGCGAAAGCCCAAGGCACCGAGAUCCAAUUCGGCGACAUCCUGAUCAUCCGCUCCGGAUACAUGGACGCGUACAACAAACUCUCGCGCGCGGAAAUCGAGACCCUCCGUGCAAAGCAACCGCUCACGUUCACGGGCAUCGAGCAGAGCGACGAGAUGAUGGAGUUCCUUUGGUCGAACUUCUCGGCCGCUGGGGCGGACCAUCCGAGCUUGGAGGCGUGGCCGACGCAGAAGGAGUGGGCGUUGCAUGAGGUCAUGUUGGCCGGGUGGGGGAUGCCGAUUGGGGAGUUGUUUGAUUUGGAGGAGUUGGGGGCGUAUUGUAAGAAGGUUGGACGGUGGAGUUUCUUUUUUACGAGUGUGCCGACCAAUGUGCCCGGUGGGGUGGCUAGUCCGCCGAAUGGAGGUGAGGAGAUUUUCUGUGCUUGGUGA